AUGCCUCGCUACUCCAUCGUCCUCAACUUCUACACCGGCUUUUCAUUCACGGGCACCCUCCACGUCUGGACGCAGGCUCCAACGGCCCCCAACGGCCCCCUGCAACCUAGGGCUCCGGAACCACCAAAUCCUCAUGCUGCACGCAUCCCCAGGCCCACACUCGGUAACGCACUGGUACGGCUCCUUGACGGCUGCCUCACCGCUGCCGCUGCACUACCCGACCCUGCCGUACGGCGGGCCGCCGCCGGCAACGUCAUUGCAGCGUUCAGCCGCUCCGCUCUGCGGGAGGCCCACCUCCGCGGCAGCUGCCACAGCAGCGCAAUGCUCCACACCCCCGCCGACACCACCACCAUACCAAGGCCAGGGCGCUCUGCAGACCCAUACGACCUCCGCCCGGAGGAAAUCGAAAUGGGAUGCGGCCAGAACGGGAGCUCCUUCCGACCAGGGGCUCUAGACACGACCUUUCUGGAUGCCGCUUUUGCACUGCUGGCGGCAGUUGCCCCCCGGCAUCCAUCCCUGGCUUCGGAGCUGCGGUUAAUGGAGGUGGCGUGGGGAGCAGCAGCGGGGCUGCCUGAGCCUGUAGAGGCGGAGGUGACUGCACGGGCGCCGCCGGGCGAAGCGCCGCCGCCACAGCGGGUCUAUGCACCUAAGGGGCCGGCGGCAACGGCAGUGACGGCGACGGAGUCCACGGCACCGAGUGCCGCAGCGGACGUCGUAUCUGGGACGGAGUCCGGAACGGCUUCGGCAGUUGCGGAUGCGGAGGGGCUGGUGGAAUUCUUCCUGAGCUCGGAUUUUCAGUGCCGUCUGGCAGCGGGGCAGCUCUUGUACGGAAUGCCGUACGAUGACCCGGGCAGAUCCUCUGGGGCGGUCACCUUUGGCUUUGGCUGCGGCGACAACAGUAACGGCCGCGACUCUUCCACGAGGUUCCACUCAGGCGAUGACAAGGGUGUUGAGAUCCCCGGUUCGAAUCCGGGCCCAGGCGUGAUCGCAACUGCAGGCUUAGCAGCUAUGGGGGAGCCGCAGCGGCAGUGGCCGCAACAUGUAUACGGUCAAGGGCAGCAGCACCAGCACCAGCACCCGCAGGAAGCGCAGGCCGCUGUAGGGCCGCAGCGGCGCUCGUGUGAUGGGGCGGGGGAGGACGCCACGCUGCUGCUGCUGGUUGAGGAGCUGUGUGAAGUCCCUGCACUAGCGGAGCUGUGUGCCUCAGCGGCUCUGGCCGACAUGUGGCCUGACCUGGUGGUACGUGUGGCGGAGGGGGGUGCGGAGGCGGCGGUGCGCUGGCUGACGCGACUGGGCGGGCAGGGGCACCUAGAGGCCGAACAGCUCAACCGCGGCAGCCACGAAGGCGUCUUCCCGACGGCGGCGCUUCCGUCGGACUACAGUCACGUGCGUGGUUGGGGUGGUGGCGUGGGGAUCGGCGGCGGCGGCGGCGGUGUCGACGAUGUUUGGUUCCCUGGGAAAGGGGGAGUGGGAGCGGUCGUAAAUAGACCUGGUGGAGAGGAGGCGGUGGAGGAGGUUGGGGCGGUGGUACAGCGCGCCAUGUCACAGCGGUGCUGUCGGCUGAUAGCAGCUGCACUGGCGUUGCAGCCGGAGGGGUUGCUGCUAGGGAAGGGAGCUAGGGCAGGGGAUGGGGUCCCCCUGCCGCCGCAGCUGCUGUGUGUCCUGGCCCUGAGGAGUGGCGAGGUACGACAGGCGCUGCUGGCGGGACUGGCGGCGGCCGCGGCGGCGGGGGGGGGGCCAGUGGCGCCAGGCGCUCCUCGUCCAUUACCCCAUUAUGAUGAUGAUGAUGAUGAUCAGCAGCAGCAGCAGCAGCAGCAGCGGCGCCGUGCAGGGCCGGGCGGCCGGGCGGCGGUUGGGUUGGUUGGGCCGCAGCAGCGGCAUGUUGGAGGGUUGUCGGAAUGGUUUCGUGUGGUGGGUUGGGACCUAGGGGAGGUGAUGCAGCGGUUCCUUUUGUCGUCGCAGAGGGCUCAUACCCCGCCCCGCGAAUCUUCCCUUCCCGCGCGGACUGCAUUGUGA